GGAUACACUCAUGGCUGCAUCCCGCCUCCUGCUGCUGAUGUGGACCUGCUGCCUCCUGCCAGAUGUAGACAUUUGCUUCAACUUCAACACAAAGCACUUGAAGAUCUUCUCCGGUUCACAAGAGACCCAGUUUGGCUACACGGUGCAGCAGCACCAGGCUGGAGGACGACAGUGGCUGCUUGUUGGUGCCCCCCUCGAGUACACGGGCAAGCAGCAGACUGGCGAUGUGUUCAGGUGUCCGCUGGAUCAGGGAAACUCCACUGACUGCAGCCCACUCAACUUGGGAAGAGUGUCCCUGGAAAACGUGUCGGAGAAGAAAGAUGGGAUGCGUCUGGGAAUCACGCUGAGCUCUGUCCCUCAAGACAGCAGCUUUGUGACUUGCGGGCCACUCUGGUCUCACGAGUGCGGAAGCUUCUUGUACAGCAAUGGGAUCUGCAUCCGUGUUGAACAAAACUUCCAAAUGUCGGACACCAUUGCUCCUGCCUUCCAGAGAUGUGAGACCUUCAUGGACUUAGUGAUUGUUGUGGACGGCUCUAACUCCAUCUAUCCGUGGUCUGAUGUGCGGGACUUCGUCACAAACAUCCUCAACAAGUUCAACAUCAGCCCGCAACAGACACAGGUGGGCGUGGUGCAGUACGGGUCCAAGGUGGUCCAUGAGUUCCGACUGGGCGAAUACCAAACAUCAGACGAGGUACUCGAGGCCGCCAGGAGCAUCCAACAAAGGGGCGGUGAGGAGACCAGGACGGCGCUGGCCAUUGACGUGGCAAGGUCACAGGCAUUCCAAAGUGGAGGCCGGCCUGGCGCUCAUAAGGUGAUGAUUGUAAUCACAGAUGGAGAAUCUCACGACAGCCCUCAGCUAGUGGACGCCGUCACCGCCAGCGAGCGGGACAACAUCACCAUGUACGCCAUAGCGGUUCUGGGGUACUACAACCGGCGGGGCAUCAACCCGGAGGCAUUUCUCAAUGAGAUCAAGUUCAUCGCCAGUGACCCGGACGAGUCGCACUUCUUCAAUGUGACGGAUGAGGCGGCGCUGAAGGACAUCGUGGACGCUCUUGGAGAGAGGAUCUUCUCUCUGGAGGGAACCAGCAGUCUGGGUCAAGGUUUUGGCCUGCAGAUGGCACAGGCGGGAUUCUCUUCACACGUGGUCGAGGAUGGAAUUCUGCUCGGAGCCGUUGGCGCUUACAACUGGAAUGGUGCCGUGCUGAAGCAGGCCAAACAACAGAAGGUGGUUCCUCCCAAAUCGGCGUACGACAAUGAAUUUCCAGAGGAGCUGCAGAAUCACGGAGCCUACCUUGGUUACUCAUUGGGAUCGCUGCUUUCCUCCGGAGGCUCUCAGGUGUUUGUGGCUGGAGCUCCAAGGUUCAACCACAGCGGGAAGGUUAUUACAUUCACCUUGGACAACAACGGCAACAUGACCAUUCUGCAGGCGCUGCUGGGAGAGCAGAUUGGCUCAUAUUUCGGCAGUGUGUUGUUAACGAUGGACGUUGACAGAGACGGACAAAGUGACAUCCUCCUGGUGGCAGCACCCAUGUACUGCAGUCACGGCUGGGAGGGAGGAAAAGUAUACAUCUACACCGCUACACCUCAGGCUCCGCUAGUCCUGCAGGGGGUACUGCUUUCCGACGUCGCUGACAACUCUCGUCUGGGCUCGGCGCUGGCCCAGAUUUCCGACAUGAACGCAGACGGCUUCAACGAGCUGGCGGUGGGCGCACCGCUGGAGGACGACCACCAGGGAGUGGUGUACAUUUAUUCCGGCCACAAGAGAAGCAUCAGGCGGCAGUACAAGCAGCGCCUGUCUGCAGCCAGCCUCUCUGCGGGUCUGAACUACUUUGGCCGAAGUAUUCACGCGGUUCUGGACGCCAACGCGGACGGCCUCGUGGACCUGGCGGUGGGAGCGCUGGGAGCCGCUGUUGUCAUAUGGUCACAAGAGGUGGUGCGGCUUCAGGCCACACUGACCUUUGAGCCUGAGAAGGUCAAUGUCUUCAACAAGGACUGUUGGCGAGGAAACAAGCUGGUCACGUGCAUGUCGGCCAUCGUCUGUCUGCAUCUUCACUCCACCACCGCAUCCGGGAUGAACUCGACGCCCGAGGUCGCCUUGUGGUUCACGCUGACGCUCAAUGAAAAUCGUUUCCCUCCCCGAGCACUUCUCGAUCCAGUUGACCGGCAUCAACCUAAAACUUUGUUGUUAAGAACAGGAAGUUCUCAGUGCCAACGUCUCGGCUUCACUGUGCAGGACACAAUGGAUUACGGACGUCCAAUCCCAGUGACCUUAGAGGCGGGGCUUUGGAACUCAGAUGAGGGGCCGGUGCUUGACCCGGACUCGCCCAACACUCUCAAGACCGAGCUUCCAUUCUGGAACGGAUGUGCGCAGGAAGACGCCUGCGUCCCUGACCUCAGCAUCAGGAGUCUCACUGACCUUAUGGAUUCAAAACAGUUCUGCAGGUCAAAAGAGGGUGCCAGCUGGUCGCUGUGCAACCAGCAUGGGACGAUGAAGGGCCCUGUCUUUGUCGUGGAGUCCAGGCGGAGGAGCGUGCUGCUGUCUGCCCAGAUGCAGAACAGGGGAGAGAACGCGUACAAAACCUCCAUUCACAUCUCCUUCUCGGAUAACCUCGUCUUCUCCAGCCUCAUAGUCAAGGACCAAUCAGAUAUUCAGAUUGAGUGCAUCACUCGGGACCCGCAGGCCAAUCAGAGGCAAUGUAACAUCAACGCACCAUUCAUGAAGUCUUCAUCUCAGGUGUCUUUCCGUGUGGAGUUUGAUUUCAGUCCUUCUGUCUUUCUGGACCACCUUCGUAUCGUUGUGGCAACCAGCAGUGAAGGAGAAGAUGCGUUUCCACAAAACAAUGACAAUGACAUCAUCCUCCCUCUAAAAUACCAAACAGACCUUCUUUUCACCACAGAUCAAAGCCCCGUCCGCUUUGAAGUCCAGUCUUCCCAGGACGAGGACAAUUUUCCCACCUUCAACAUGUCCUUCUAUAUCCAGAACCUGGCCUGGUUCCCCGUGCGGAACAUCCUGUUCACCGCGGACAUCUGGGCCAUGAGUCUACAAGGCAACCGUAUGCUGAGCAUCAGCGAGUGCAGCGUUGAACAGGUGAGAGACGGCGAUAGAUCCGCCCCGAUACUGGACUCACGCCUCUUGUCUCUGCAGGCCACUGCCUCGUGCAUCCUGCCGCCGGCCACAGUGGCCAAUCAGGUGACAGCAGAGAACCUGAGUCACCUUCCUCAGAUGAACCAGAGUAACAGUGUAAGCAUGGCAGUCCAGUGCAGACUGGAUAUUCCCGCCUCCAAACAGGCGAAGGUCACCCUCACUGGUAGACUCCACAGACCUGUCCUGCAGGCAGUCAUCUUCAAGUCCUUGGAAGUGGUGGUCAGCGCAAGCAUCCAUUUAGAACCUUCUGCUUCAUACUUCCUGCACGAAGAGCAGCCUGUCCGACAGAUGAUCAUGGAACUUAGGAAGAACCAGGAUGAUGUCGCCAUUCCGGCCAGGCUUGUCCUGGGAAGCUCAGUGGGAGGUCUGCUGCUGCUGGCGUUGGUAGUGCUGGCUCUGUGGAAGCUUGGCUUCUUUAACAGGAGUAGGUGGAGUCAGCAGGAGUGGGAGGAGCCGGCAGCCAACAGGAAGCAGGCAGAGGGGCUGUGAUGACUGUGGCUGCUCUGUCACUGUUAUUGCUGAUGUUUAUAUUCUUUGUGAGGGGGCGGAGCUGGCAUCUUUAAAGGACAGGCUGACCAACCCUUCCUGGCAAUGCCCUGCCAAGUCACUCACCAAGACCCCCUGGUGGCUGGCUGCUUGCACUACGGGUCAUAAGCCCCAGCCACAUGGAAAGCAACGCUAGGUGGCGUUGAUUGUUUUAAUCAAGUUGGGACACACCACUGAUCUAAAAAAAAGACUGGAUCGAGCAACCUAUUGUUUUCACGCGCCAAAAUUUGAAGCCAGAUUUUUUCGAUCGCCGCCAUCUUGGUGAGACCACCUUACGCGCCACAGCUUUGUGAUUGUGCUGGUAUACGAACGCAGAAUUAGUGAAAAAUCAUCAAAAACAUCAGGAGUGCCAGUGAAGGAAGCGAGGAUGAGGAAACACAACUUAAAAAGCACUUCCCAAGAACCUUCCACUCGUAAGUACUUUUACUUGGCACCUUUUUUUGACCUGAUAUAUGUGCCACUACUUGAACGGCUUUGCUUUGAAAAGUUCUCGAAAUGUAACCAAAAGUUAAAGUAUGAACUUUGAUGGGUGGUUUUGCAAGAAUUUUCUAGUUACACCUUCCUGUCACAACUAGGCCUUUUUUUUGGUGCCUAGCCUAGCAAUCAAUGAUAAAAUUAUUUCUAUGCAGUUUUUUACAGUAGGCUUUGAGUAUUUGCACUUAUCUAAUGUCUUUUUGUACCAAAAAACAGCUUUUUUUAAAAGCUACCACAACUACCAAGUUACAUUAAUUCUGAUACCACACAUGAUUCACGCAAAGGUAGAAGACAUGUGACAAAAUUUCUGCUUUCUUCCUGCCUUAACCUUAUCCUGAGAUAAAAAAAAUAAUGGUUUACCGUAGGAAAAUAAUUAGACAAAGAUAGACUUUAAAUUCCGUACGUAAACAAUGUUUGCAGGCUGCCACACAGCCAAUUUUUCGUCCGUCUCGAAGCUAAAAUACAUCUUACUAGCUUGAUAAAUGACACAAAAGCGUAUAAAUCUGAGUAGUUAUAACCUUUAGCAGUUGAUUUUGGUGGCUAUACGAUCAAUCGAAGUUUUACCAGUGCGUUGCCAUACUGUUGUCUCACAGCAAAGUGGUCUCACCAAGAUGGCCGCCGCAAAUUUCCAUUGGCUUCAAAAAUAAAACAAUAGAAGCUCGAUACAGUCUUUUUUUUAGAUCAGUGGGACACACAGGCUUUGACUGCAAAGUUAGCGUUCAUAAUUAGCUUGGAGAUCUCUUAGCAGCACAUUUGUGGUAUACUUGCCAAUGAAAUGGUAGGCCCGCCUGGGAACAAUCCCGUCACGCUCAUUAGAUAAAUUUGAAUCCGAAUACUGUCCCUUGCCCCUAGUCAUACUCAAAAAGUAAACGAAAUAACAUUUUUAAAAAAUGUCUCACUCUUUUAAUGAGUUUUCAGUUUUCUUGCGUGUAGAUUUACAAUUUGUGAAUAAAACCUGUUUCACACAUCUCAUUGGGAGUUACAACGUUAACACAACACACUGCCCCCUGCUGGACAUCACAACAAAAAGCAGGUUCGAGGCACUUGGCAGAGCUGGAUGCGACGCAAUCUACGCAGUGACGGCAGCGCCGGCAGCGCCACUCAAAUUAAAUGUUACACAAUCAGCUUGUCACAAGGAUUAAAAAUCAAUAUGAGAAAAAAACCCAGCAACUCCUACGCACACUCACUGUGAGCUAACUUGUGGGCGGAGUUAUUGAGUGAUGGUUUGGUCAGUGCCUAGCAAUGUCACAUGCAACGCUAGCUUCCUAGCGAACAUUCACUUUAAAAAUAAAAAAAACCCCUAACAAGUUAAAGACGAUAAAUUAUGCUAAAAUAAUGCAUGCCAAUAAAAGUGAAUGCUAGCAUCAGCGUUAACGUAGCAUAUGACCAUGAACUGUUUCUGAAAGACAGAGCAGCAAAGACACUUUAAUUAGCGUGUUGAUAGAAAAUAAAUACUUGUGUGUUUUUUGUCCAGGUCCAAACA